AUGGAAACUUGUCCUUUCUGCAAUAACCCAAAGCAGGGGAAAUUGCAUCUGUGUAAGAUUAAGUGUGAAGUGUGUCAAAUUUCAUAUACGGCGAACUCGCGUCGUGAAUGUGUUAUAACCUGUCCCCAGUGUGAAGAUAUACCUCUCGGGCAGUAUGACAAAAUCUGCGCCGCCUGCUCCAAAGUAUUUUGUGCCAACCGAUAUAUUCCGGAAUCAUGUUCAUUUUGUCUGUAUUUGGCGGAGGACACUGAGUCUUCAACCAGUUCAGGUACUGAGGAUCUAGAAGCUUCUCCACCUCAACGUGCACAAUUUAAAAAAAAUGGAUUUAAGUUCAUGAAAGUGGAUAUCGGUAAACUUCGGUUUAUGGAUAGUCUGGCUUUACUAAAUGGUGGGCUGGAAAAACUAGCUAAAGAACAUAUCAAGGAAGGUAAACCUACCACUUACACCUCAGUUAUGCUAGAUGACGUCCAUGUAGCCGCCCACCAUUUAUUAAAGACAGGCAAACAGGUAUUCUGCUAUGACUAUAUUACAUCUUUGGAGAAAUUAAAUGAACCGGCUCUUCCUCCUCCCGAAGCCUUCUACAAUAGUUUAAAACACGAGGCGAUAAGCGAGACCGAUUAUACACAGGCUAAAGAAGUCUUUAGAUUAGCGGAAUGCAAGCCCAAUGGGGAUUACUUGAAGGUCUAUUUGAAAGUAGAUACUGGACUAUUGUGUGAUGUGUUCACUGUAUGGCGCAAGACCAUGCUUGAGCUGUACAAGUUAGACAUUACACACUAUGUCUCGUUAUCUAGUUUUGCAUGGGACGCUUUCUUGUUUAAGAGUCAAGUUGUCUUGGACUCUAUUUCUGAUCCCCAUUUGUACGAUGUAUUGCGCAGAAAUCUAAGAGGCGGAUUUACCUCUGUUGUGCGACAACACACAAGUGUACAAAAUGAGCAUACGGGUGCUGGUCCUUCUAGCACUGAUAAAUAUAUUCUGUAUUUAGAUUUUAAUGGCUUAUACGCCACCUGUAUGACAGAACUGCUUCCUCAAGGCGGGAUCCGUAAAUUAUCUGCUGCCGAAUGCGAUGAUUGGUUCCAACAGGGAUUGGAAAAUAUUGCUUGUGAUGGGGAUAAGGGGUAUUGGGUCAUGUGUGAUACCAAGCAUCUAGCACCUGAGGUGGCUCGAUACACCGAUGACUUACCCUUAACCCUGUCGCAUGCUAAUAUUUCUACUGAUCUUCUGUCCGAUUAUAGCAAACACAUUUUAAAUACCGUAGAUCGCAAACUCCCCAAGAAAAACAAUAAUUUAAUUGCCUCACAUCUCCCCAAAAAAGAUUACUUGGUCAGUUUAGAUUUAUUGCAGAUGUUGAUGAAAUUGGGAUUAGAAGUAGCUAAGGUAAAUGCAGUUUAUGAAUUCCGACAAAGCAAGUACCUUAAGGAAUUUGUCGAAACAAAUGCUCGUGAACGUACAAAUACACCUUGCGCCAUUAAGGGUAAAGCUUUCAAGCUGGUAUCAAAUGCAAUUUACGCCAAGAGUUUGACAAAUGUGAGUAAAUAUUGUGAUCAGCAUUAUUUAGUUACAUCUCGAGACAAAUUCCAAAAGCUUGCACGUAAUCCGUUCUUCAAACGAUGUAUUUUGUUGAGCGAAGACAGUCAUUUGCACAGUCAAAAAACAUCCCUUAAAGUCAAUACACCAACCUAUCUGGGGUUCCAGAUCCUGCAAAUAGCUAAGAGGAUCCUAUUUGAUUUUUGGUACAACACCGUCAAAGUUCAUUAUGGAGACAAAGCUAGAUUGCUGUAUACGGACACAGAUUCGUAUUUGAUUGAAUUGACCUGUCUAAAUGCUUUUGAGGAAUUAAAUAAACUGCCUUUGUCUCAGCAUAUAGAUUUCAGCAAUUUCCCUCCUGAAAAUCCCUAUUUCGAUGACUCUCGCAAAGGUCAACUGGGUUUGUUGAAAUUGGAAGUUGGAGCCAAAAUUAUCAAGGAGCUCAUUGCAUGGAAGCCUAAAAUGUACUCAAUUCUCACUCAAGAUCAGGUUCAGAUAUGUCGUAAAGGAAUUCUCACUUAUCAUCAGUCUAAACUCACUCAUGCAGCUUUCCAAAGUGCUUUAGAGUUAAAUAUUGGGCAGAAGUUCCAAUCCAGAUCUAUUAGGAAUGUUAAAGGCCGUAUGUGUACCUGUCUCACUACAAAACGUGGAUUAUCCGCCUUUGACGAUAAACGUUAUGUACUGAGUCCUACGCAGUCUUUGGCGUAUGGUCACCCCGAUAUACCUCGAGCAGAAAUUCAUGAAGAAGAGAAUGAGAAGGAUGAUGAUGUACCUGCACGUCCUGCAAGACGUAGAUUUCGCCCCAUAUUCAAUAUGUGGGGAAAACGCGAUGCACUGGUGAACAAGACGUAUCCUCACAAUUAG